AAUUCAUCUAUUUUUUUAAUAGAAAAACCCUUAAAAAAAUUAUUUCACCUUCAAAUAAAAAACACUGACAUUCACCCUUCCCUUUGACGAGGAUGUAGUCACGCUCACUCCACAACAUCUUCAGCUCUGUUCCCCUUUUCAACUCCAGCCCACCAUCAUUUUCCUCUUCACAAUUGAAUCAUCUAAGAACUAGUGCUUCAUCGUUUUUUCUUUACUAAUUUCUUCACGUUAUCUGGUCAGCAUGGAUGUAGCACAUUGCUAUUUAGAAGGUAAUGCAGAUGCUGUGGAGUUUUGCCCACAUAAUGGGCACCAUAAUGUUUUAGCAGCAUCCACUUACACACUACAAGAAGGUGAUCAACCCACUAGAUGUGGAAGCAUUUCACUAUUCAAUGUUAACGGGGACACAGACAGUUUUUACACCGUUUAUAGUGAGGAGACUAGUGGGAUUUUUGACAUAAAGUGGAAUCCACCCUCAGGGGGCACAAGUCCUUUUUUAGGUCAAGCAGAUGCUGAUGGAUACUUGAGAAUUAAGAUGCUGGAUGAUGAUGGAGUACAAGGGACUUGUCUAAAAGAGAUAACAAGUGAGAAAAUCACUAACUCAAUGUGUUUGUACCUGGAUUGGAAUCCUUCAUCCACGUCAAUCACAGUAGGGCUUUCUGAUGGCUGUGUCUCUAUUGUUUCUCUUCUUGAAUCCAAGCUAGAAAUACAAGAGGAGUGGAAGGCACAUGAUUUUGAACUUUGGACAACCUCUUUUGAUAUCCACCAGCCAAAUUUGGUAUAUACUGGCUCUGACGAUUGUAAGUUUUGUUGUUGGGAUUUGAGGGAUAGUCCUUCCAAUCCUGUAUUUAAGAACUCUAAAGUCCACAAAAUGGGUGUUACUUGCAUUGAAAAGAGUCCUCAUGACUCAAAUAGCUUAUUAACUGGCAGCUAUGAUGAAUUCUUGAGGGUUUGGGAUUUAAGAUCAAUCUCAAAACCUGUUAAUGAAACUUCAAUCAGUUUAGGUGGAGGUGUUUGGAGGGUGAAGCAUCAUCCCGUCAUUCAAGACCUUGUUUUGGCUGCCUGUAUGCACAACGGUUUUGCGAUCGUUGGUAUUAAAGGCAAUAAAGCUGAGGUGUUGGAAACUUACAAGAAGCAUGAUUCGCUUGCAUACGGAGCAGACUGGCAGAAAGGAGAAGUGAAGCUCAUUGAAGGGAGAAGUAAACCAGUAGUAGCCACUUGCUCAUUCUAUGACAAACUCGUCCGGGUAUGGAGGCCCAGUAAUGAUAUUAUCUUGUAAGUUCAUGUUUAACUUUGAGCCCUCAGUUUUGAAAUGUAACAACAACGGUUUAUUUUAUUCAAAUCUUAGUUUCAUUAAA